CUCUUCCUCCUUGUGCCGUUCCCUCGCGCACGCCUCCUCGUCUUCGUCCUCUUCCUCCUCCUCCUCCUCCUCCCCGUCACACUCCUGUCGCGCGCACCGGAGUCGCGGGAUGUCGGUCCCCGGCAGGAAAGACUUCGACGUGAAGCAGAUCUUGCGCAUCCGCUGGCGCUGGUUCGGCCACGCGAUGUCCCCGCCUCUGGUGGAGGAGCUGCUCUCUAGAACCGGAGACCUCCACCGUCACCAUCAGCAUAACCGUCCGCACGCGCUCGGGAGCCCGGACGCCGCCUCGGCGAGCAGCGCGAGCGCCCACGUUAACUCUCCCGUUAGCGUGAACCGAAAUAAGUUGAGCGCCUCCGCGUGUGCUCUUCCUCCUCCUCUUCCUCCUCCUCCUCCUCAUCGCUCCACGAGCCAGCAGGAGUGCGGAAGCACCGCGUUCACGUCUCCGUCUCACUCUCGCUCCGCUUCCGACGUGACCUGCGAGGGCACCGAACAACGUAACGGCACCACGGGCGAAGACGCGGAGAACAACAACACCACCAAAGGGGAGAGCGAAUCGAGCUCGUGCAGGACAUCAAACAGCAGCGCAACUCUGUCCUCAUGCGUGUCCAUGGAGCCGUGUGUGCCUGAUGAACUCUUCCAGUCGCACAGCCACGCCGAACACACCUUCAAGCGCAUGGAGACCUACCUGAGGACCCGCAAACUAUGUGACGUGGUGCUCGUAGCCGGGGAUCGCAAAAUACCUGCGCACAGGUUAGUCUUGUCCUCCGUGUCCGAUUACUUUGCAGCCAUGUUCACCAGCGACGUCCGAGAGGCCAAGCAAGAAGAGGUGAAAAUGGAGGGCGUGGACCCAGAUGCAUUGUGGGUGUUGGUGCAGUAUGCAUACACGGGGCGGUUGGAGUUGAGGGAGGACACCAUCGAGUCUCUGCUGUCGGCGGCGUGUUUGCUGCAGCUCUCGGCCGUAGUUCAGGCCUGCUGUAGCUACCUGAUGAAGCAGCUGCAUCCGUCCAACUGCCUGGGAAUCCGCUCAUUUGCUGACGCUCAGGGCUGCCAGGACCUGCACAAAGUGUCCCAUAACUACACCAUGGAACACUUCUUGGGUGUGAUGAAGAAUCAGGAGUUUCUGCUGCUCCCAGCGUGUGAGGUGGAGAAGCUCUUGGUGUCAGAUGAUAUGAAUGUUCCGGAUGAGGAGACGGUGGUGUCAGCUCUGCUCAGCUGGGUGCAGUACGAUUCUGCCAGCCGCCAGUCACAGCUUCCCGCACUGCUUCAACACGUCCGCCUGCCUCUGCUCAAACCCCAGUUUUUAGGGGACAUGGAGUCCAACCCGUUGCUGAGGGACAGUGUUGAGUGCCAGCGCUUGAUCAUGGAGGCCAUGAAGUACCACCUGCUGCCUGAGCGCCGCCCACUGCUGCAGAGCCCAAGGACACGGCCACGAAAGGCCACCGUGGGGACGUUGUUCGCCAUCGGAGGCAUGGACGCCACCAAGGGAGCGACGAGUAUGGAGCAGUACUGCGUACGGCGAGACACGUGGAGGCAGGUGGGUGUGCUGAGUGGGCGGAGACUGCAGUUUGGUGUAGCAGUCAUCGACCAGCGGCUCUACGUGGUCGGUGGACGAGACGGCCUCAAGACCCUUAACACGGUGGAGUGCUACAACCCGCGCAGCAACACGUGGAGCGUCAUGCCUCCUAUGGCCACGCACCGCCACGGCCUGGGUGUAGCCGUGUUGGAAGGCCCCAUGUACGCAGUAGGAGGUCAUGAUGGUUGGAGUUAUCUGAGCACUGUGGAGCGCUGGGAUCCUCAGGCCAGGCAGUGGAGCUUUGUUGCAUCGAUGGCCACGCCGCGGAGCACAGUGGGCGUAGCCGUGCUUAACAGCAAGCUAUAUGCAGUAGGAGGGAGAGACGGCAGCUCGUGUCUGAAGUCAGUCGAGUGUUUCGAUCCUCACACUAACAAAUGGAGUGCAUGUGCUCCCAUGGCCAAACGCAGAGGUGGCGUUGGCGUGGCAACCUGGAACGGCUUCCUCUACGCCAUCGGUGGCCACGACGCCCCCGCGUCCAGCCUCGCAUCCCGGCUCUCUGACUGUGUAGAGAGGUACGAUCCGAAGACGGACACGUGGACGGCUGUGGCCCCGAUGAGCGUCAGCAGGGACGCCGUGGGGGUGUGUUUACUCGGAGACAGACUGUACGCUGUAGGAGGGUAUGAUGGUCAGGUGUACCUGAACACAGUGGAGGCGUACGACCCCCAGACCAACGAGUGGACUCAGGUGGCGUCGUUGUGCUUGGGUCGAGCCGGAGCCUCUGUGGUUGCUGUCAAGCUGUGAUGCUCCGCCCCCUGAGGACUGUUACCGUGGUGAUUCUUGUACAGCUUUCUCUUUCAUUGGACAUGGAGGCAUCAGAGCACACACACACACACACACACACACACACACACACACACACACACACACACACAUUAAACAGUUCAUUUGUUUCAUUAAGUCAGUUAAUCUCCUCCUAAUGACUUGACAUUCUUUUCUUUCACCAUUGAUUUCUCCUUGUGUGGGAAAACAAGGAAUGGAUGAUCUGGAAGAGUGAAAGAAGGACAGAUGAACUAAGGGACAGAUGGAUGGAUGAGAAAGAAACGAUGGUUGAGGAGAAAAAAUAACAGGUUCCUAAUGAACCUCUCCUUCCUUUCUUGUCUCUUGUAUUCCUUUCUUUUCUUUUGAGUCAUGUGCCUUUUUUUUGUGGCCUUGUGUGUCUACUCUGCAAUGAGAGGAACAGAAAUAUAUGAAGUGUGUGAGUACGUGUGUGUGUGUGUGUGUGUGUGUGUGUGUGUGUGUGUGUGUGUGUGUGUGUGUGCGUGUGUGUGAUUCCGAUUUUUUCCCCUCUUGUUCAUUGACUUGUGUGUCAUCGUGUCUUUAGUCAGCUGUCAGUCAGACAACACAGAAAUCUUUAGAAACCACAGAGUUCAGAACACCAGGGCAGCUGCUGCGAGGCAUUAUGGGUUAUGAAUAAUUAACAAAAAGAGGUGCUAAGUUAACACACCUGUGUUCAGCGCUGACGAUGUAUAAACACAUUAAUAAAUAUUACACACUGUCGAAACAUGAACAUAUGUGUCGAUUAGCUGUCAAUCAAACCUGUGUGCUGUUCUGAUUGGCUGUAAGGUCGGGGUUCUGUCUGAUUCCCCAGAGGGAGGUUAAACGUUGUAACUACACUAACCUCAUGGAUGGAGAGGUGGAGGAGUGACGAGCAAAGAGUGAACACAGUGAGACAGAAGGAGGGUAAGAGUGAUGGAGCGUGAGACAUAUGGAGAGUGAGACAGAAGGAGAGCGAUACAUAUGGAGAGUGAGGUGAAAGGAGGGUGAGAGAUAUGGAGAGUGAGGUGGUAGAGAGUGAGACAUGGGGAGUGAGGCGGUGGAGACAGACAUGGAGAGUAAGACAUAUGGAGAGUGAGACAUGGAGAGUGAGACAUGGAGAGUUAGACAUAUGGAGAGUGAGACAUAUGGAGAGUGAGACAUGGAGAGUUAGACAUAUGGAGAGUGAUGUGAUAGAGAGUGAGGCGGUGGAGACACAUAUGGAGAGUGAGACAUGUGGAGAGUGAGACAUGUGGAGAGUGAGACAUGGAGAGUGAGGCGGUGGAGACAGAUAUGGAGAGUGAGACAUAUGGAGAGUGAGGUGAUAGAGAGUGAGACAUGAAGAGUGAGGCGGUGGAGACAGACAUGGAGAGUGAGACAUAUGGAGAGUGAGACAUGGAGAGUUAGACAUAUGGAGAGUGAGGUGAUAGAGAGUGAGACAUGAAGAGUGAGGCGGUGGAGACAGAUAUGGAGAGUGAGUCAUGGAGAGUGAGACACAUGGAGAGUGAGACAUAUGGAGAGUGAGGUGGUGGAGACAAACAUAUGGAGAGUGAGACAUGGAGAGUGAGACAUAUGGAGAGUGAGGUGAUGGAGAGUGAGACAGAAGGUAAUUUAGCAGCAGAAAAAGGACAGAGUCUGAAAUACGAGAUGAAAAGGCAGAAAACGAGGACAAAAAUGGGGCCAGUGUCUGAGCUCAAAAUGGAAGAAGUGUAGAAGCUCAGCCUCAGACUCAGACAGCGAUGAUUACACACACAUCAGAUAUGAUUUAAUCCCUCGUCACUACACACUCACUGAAUGCUGAGAGAAAAGAAACAGAUUCUGUGUUCAGGGAAAACAGCAGAGAGGAGAGAGACGUGGGGGGGGGGGGGGGACACAGGCCUUCAGGACAAGAUGGAUUAUUACAGUAGCUCGAGCUAACUAACGCUAACGUAGUAGAUAUUUAGCUUUAAUAACACUACAUCACCACAUCCUGCUGUAAAAAGGGUGUCAUUUUUCACCAGUUUCUACAAGAAACACUUUUAAAAGACAUUUUCUUUUUUCCACCAAAGUGAUUUUACAUUUUUUUAAAUUAUUUUAUUUAUUUUUAAAGUGAUUUUGUUUCCUUUGUUAAUGUAACUUACACAUCAUCAUUUUUAUACAAGCUCGUGCUGCUGUCUGUCAGCGGCGUUGUAUCCUGUGGAUUACGGUGCGGUUUGUUUCCUGUUGAAUCCGAGCGGUUCUUUCACCUGAUGAUGGGAGUGACAGAGAAUCAGGUGUCAUGUCCUCAUGUUUACACUGUUAUUAUACUGAUCCAUCACUCGUCCUCUAAAUCUCAUUCUCUUCUGUGGUUUUUUUAUUUUUAAUCUUACAGUCUGGUGUGUGUAGGAGUGUGAGAUUGUGUGUGUGUGUAGGAGUGUGUGAUUGUGUGUGUAAGAUUGUGAGAUUGUGUGUGUGUAAGAUUGUGAGAUUGUGUGUGUGUAGGAGUGUGUGAUUGUGUGUGUAAGAUUGUGAGAUUGUGUGUGUGUAGGAGUGUGUGAUUGUGUGUGUGUGUAGGAGUGUGUGAUUGUGUGUGUGUAGGAGUGUGAGAUUGUGUGUGUGUAGGAGUGUGAGAUUGUGUGUGUGUAAGAUUGUGAGAUUGUGUGUGUGUAAGAUUGUGAGAUUGUGUGUGUGUAGGAGUGUGAGAUUGUGUGUGUGUAAGAUUGUGAGAUUGUGUGUGUGUGUAGGAGUGUGUGAUUGUGUGUGUGUAAGAUUGUGAGAUUGUGUGUGUGUAAGAUUGUGAGAUUGUGUGUGUGUAGGAGUGUGAGAUUGUGUGUGUGUAAGAUUGUGAGAUUGUGUGUGUGUGUAGGAGUGUGUGAUUGUGUGUGUGUAGGAGUGUGUGAUUGUGUGUGUGUGUAGGAGUGUGUGAUUGUGUGUGUAAGAUUGUGAGAUUGUGUGUGUGUGUAGGAGUGUGUGAUUGUGUGUGUGUAGGAGUGUGUGAUUGUGUGUGUGUGUAGGAGUGUGUGAUUGUGUGUGUGUGUAGGAGUGUGUGAUUGUGUGUGUGUAGGAGUGUGAGAUUGUGUGUGUGUAGGAGUGUGAGAUUGUGUGUGUGUAAGAUUGUGAGAUUGUGUGUGUGUAAGAUUGUGAGAUUGUGUGUGUGUAGGAGUGUGAGAUUGUGUGUGUGUAAGAUUGUGAGAUUGUGUGUGUGUGUAGGAGUGUGUGAUUGUGUGUGUGUAAGAUUGUGAGAUUGUGUGUGUGUAAGAUUGUGAGAUUGUGUGUGUGUAGGAGUGUGAGAUUGUGUGUGUGUAAGAUUGUGAGAUUGUGUGUGUGUGUAGGAGUGUGUGAUUGUGUGUGUGUAGGAGUGUGUGAUUGUGUGUGUGUGUAGGAGUGUGUGAUUGUGUGUGUAAGAUUGUGAGAUUGUGUGUGUGUGUGUAGGAGUGUGUGAUUGUGUGUGUAAGAUUGUGAGAUUGUGUGUGUGUAGGAGUGUGAGAUUGUGUGUGUGUAAGAUUGUGAGAUUGUGUGUGUGUAAGAUUGUGAGAUUGUGUGUGUGUAGGAGUGUGAGAUUGUGUGUGUGUGUGUGUAGGAGUGUGUGAUUGUGUGUGUGUGUAGGAGUGUGUGAUUGUGUGUGUGUGUGUAGGUGUGUGAUUGUGGGCCAGGUGUUUGUUCUGACAUCGGGAUGCUUCGUUGCUCUUUAUACUUUAAAAUAAUUUUCUAGUCCCCUCCGUUAUCAGUAUUUAAGUAUGACGCUAUUUUUUGACUGUUGCUACGGUUACAUCAGGGGUCGUUACCUCAAUACAGACUAUAGCUAUAAAUAAAUCUAUUACUUUAAUUCGUUAGUUUGUCUUUUGCCUGGGAAAACUGGUAUAUAUUGUUCUAGGAACGUUGGCAUAUUAUAUUCUUUACAUUGGGACAAAAUUAUAUUCCCUUGGUUGGAAAAACUAGGCAAGAAACUGGGAUGCAAUAUUCCAUAUUUUGGGAGGAUUGGUACAUACACUCUGGGAUAUAACGCUCUGUUUCAGGAAAACUAGUGGAUUUAAUAUAUUCCUUGACCUGUGAGAACUGGAAUGUACUAUAUUCCCUGUCUCAGGAAAAUUAGGAUAUAUUAUAUUCCCUUUCCUGGGAACACUGGGAUAUAAGUAUCCUGGAGGUUUGAGGCAGCAUCAGUAUCAUGCACCAUGUAGAUUUAGGUCUAGUCUUAACUCUGACCUGUUUUUCUGUACUAUGUUUGGGGUUCAGUUUUAUUGACAUCCCGGUAGAACAACACAAACACCUUCCAGCCAAUCAGAAACGAGUAUUUACCAUGAUCGCUGUAUGAAUGCGAACCGAACAGAUUGAUGUUACAGAUCAUCAUACGUGUGUUAUAUCCUUGUGUAUAUAUAAUAUAUGUUGCUGUACAGCGUUGUAUAAUAAAUAUUCACUUCUCAUGGAGCAGUGAUGCUUGUUGUA